GAGAGUGACGCCCCUUCGUUACAAAACUGGAAGUUUUUGUCCUGGUAAACAACAAGAAAGGGCAACUGCGUUGUCAACAUGCUGCGAACACUGAACAGAACUAAUUUAAGACAGUUGACUGGCCUGGUCCAGCGAUUCCAGAGCACCCUGGUCAUCGCAGAGCACAACAAUGACACGCUGACACCAAUCACCCUCAACACCAUCACAGCAGCCAGCAAGCUCGGCGGGGAGGUGGCCUGCUUGGUUGCUGGAACUAACUGUGCAAAGGUGGUUGAGGAGCUCUCCAAGGUGAAGGGUGUUGGGAAAGUGCUGGUGGCCCAGAAUGAUGCAUACAAAGGAGCGCUGCCAGAGGAGUUGACCCCACUGGUCCUGGCCACACAGCAGCAGUUCAGCUUCACACACAUCUGCGCUGGUGCCUCUGCCUUUGGCAAGAAUCUCCUUCCCAGAGUUGCUGCCAAGCUGGACGUGGCUCCCAUCUCAGACAUCAUUGAGAUCAAGUCCCCAGACACCUUCGUGAGGACCAUCUACGCAGGGAACGCCUUGAGCACGGUGAAGUGCAAUGAGAACGUCAAGGUGUUCACGGUGAGGGGGACAUCAUUCGAGGCGGCAGCCGUGGAGGGGGGCAGUGCCGGAUCUGAGGAAGUGGCGGCCACCUCCCAGGUGGGCCUCUCUGAGUGGCUGGAGCAGUCCCUGAGCAAGAGCGACCGGCCAGAACUCACCAGCGCCAAGGUCGUCGUCUCUGGAGGACGAGGCCUGAAGAGUGGUGACAACUUCAAGCUGCUGUACGACCUUGCUGACCAACUCAAUGCCGCAGUCGGAGCCUCCAGAGCAGCUGUGGACGCCGGAUACGUCCCCAAUGACAUGCAAGUGGGACAGACAGGCAAGAUAGUGGCACCGGAGCUGUACAUCGCUGUGGGCAUCUCUGGAGCCAUCCAGCAUCUGGCUGGCAUGAAGGACAGCAAGACCAUUGUAGCCAUCAACAAGGACCCAGAAGCCCCCAUUUUCCAGGUGGCCGACUAUGGCCUGGUAGCUGAUCUUUUCAAGGCUGUUCCUGAGAUGACUGAUGCCCUGAAGUAAUGUGCUCCGGCCUAGCCUGGUCUCCUCCUCCUCCCUCUACUGGGUUACACUCGGGGGGGCAGAGGAGAAGAAGAAGAAACACCUCUAAUGCUAUACCAGGACUCAAUCAACUACACAAUCACUACACAAUAACCUUUGCCUUAAAUAAAUAGGGGCUCUAGCAAAACGCCGGUGAAAUGUGCAACCUUUAAGCUGUCAGUCUCUUGAAAAACCCACAGAGCUCUCCCUCUCUCUCUUUUUUUUCCUUUCUUUCUUUCCCUCGUUCUUUAUCUCUCUCCAUCUGUUUCUGUUUCUCCUUUUUGCUAGCGUAGCCCACAGCCAGUUACAACACGAUAUCAGCCGAGCGCCUCUGUUAAGUAUUAAAGGGAGAAUUGAAAAAAAAAAAGAUCUCAAACUGUUGUGUCUUCUCAUUUGUCUUGUUACAUAUUUUAUAAGUUGUAAUUAGAUUGAUGUUCUGAUAGAGCGGCGUGAACACUAGUAGUCCAGAUGGGAGCGUAGCGUACUACUCUGGUGCUCCGGCUGAUAAACGGCUCCUGCAUGUGUCUCCAAUAAGCUCCCACUGACUGGAACAGAAGUUUUUAUUAUUACAGUAUGUGGUGUUGUAAUCCAUGUAAGUGCUUUCAAACGUCACCUUUUAUAUGAAUGAUCUUCUAAUAGUAAUAAUAAUUAAAUAAAAUCUGUGACUCAA